AUGCCCGCCUUCCGGGCGAUCAACCUCGAACCCGAAGAAAACGAAGACGAGCAAAUCGACACUACCAAGGAAUUGCAUGUUGACAAGGCCCUGCAAAGGUUCCAGGCUGCCCUCAAGCUCCAUGCGCAAGGCCUGAAAUCCCGAGACGCCGCCGAUGCUGCAUAUCAGGAAUUGUUCAAAUGCGAAAUCUUCGAAUACCGAGAAGCAAAGACCGACUAUGAACGAGCGGAAAGACAAGCCGACGGCCGGCCUGAAGCCUCCACUGUCGAGUCCUUCUCGUCCACCCUGGGUAUGGAUGCUGGCGGAGCAGAUGGAGUCGCAGCGAGUCUCGCCCAAGCCUUGUACAUGUCCUACAAAAACUAUGGCCAGUUCCUCUUGGACAAGCUCAAGGAUAAAUUCGAGGCAAACUCUACAAGGCACAAAAAGCGACGCAUCAAGUACGGGAGCGACGACAGUGACAAAGUCGUCGACAACUGGAUAGCCGCCCUGGACCAGGACCCAUCAGAUCCAGAGCUCUGGAGAAAGAUGGCUCGUUUUGCCAGUUCUUUGAACUCUGGUCGCGUGAAGCGAUACUGUCUCGAAUCUGCGGUCGAGCUUGACGACGAUCCAGCCAUCAUGGAGGUCAAUCCCCCAGCCCUCGCGGAAGGCUUUGCUGGCCAACAGCUGAAGGAUUAUCUGCAAGUCCUUAAUGACGACAUGGCGCUAUCGCAUCCCAUCAUGGCACCUUGGCUGAAGAGAGAAAUGCCAGCCCCUUUAAAACGUCAUAUAGACCCGAUUCCGUUCCUCCCUGAUCCCAUUGCCGUUUUGACCCCUCCGCCGUCGAGCCCCGAAGUAGACGAGAAUAUCGACGACGGAAAUAGUGAACGAGGCUCCUCUCCCGCAUCUGCGACUGGGAGCUCCACCGAGCCAGUUGGUUCAUGGUCUGAGCUUGGAUUAGAAUUGAUGAGGUGUAUCCAAGACACCAAAGGAGCUUUGAAAGCUUGCCGUUCAGUUCUGGAUGCAGCGCAGGCGGAUACAAAGACGACAACGGAGGCCGAGGUCGAAUGUGGAGUCGCGCCUGAGCGAAAACCAGAGCCAGAGAAGGACUUGGAACCCAAACUCAAGGCUGAAGACAAGGUCAAUCCCACUGUUGAGGAAACUCCGGUAGUUCGGAGAUCAACAAGACACGGCUCCAGGGCCAACACCAAGUCGAAAACAGAAAUAAAAGAGGACAAUCCUCCUAGUGCGCCAAAAGAAGCGCCAAGGGAGACGCCCAGGGAACCUGACCACGAUUCAAAAGAACGAUCUGCCUCAGUCUCGACACGAAAACGGUCUCAGUCGACUGCCGGUUUGCCUGAUGGUCCGGAUGAGGAUAAUGCGGCCGAGAAAAGGAGUAAACGCGUCCGCCGCCGCACAGAAACAACUCUGACCGAAGAAACAAAUGACGCCAUCACCCAAAUCUCGGCGCAAAUCCUGCCAUAUCAAGAGGCAGACCGCAACCUAUUCCAGCUUACCAAAAAUAUACUGGAAAACAUUGGCGUAGACGAUCGCUCGACAUUAUCUUAUUUACAGGAACUCCUGGACUCUUGCUUCACUGAUAGCAGGCCUCCCAAGUUGAGUCACAAUUGUGCCAGAGAUUUACAAGGCGUCAUCUCAGCAUUCGAUGAAGACGUGGCGCAAGUUCUCCUGAACAAGAACGAACAGGCCACGUUGGGCUUGUCAUCGUUCCUGGAACACGCCAAAUCGGGUUCGCAGGACCAUGACGAUAUCCCUCCAUUUGAUGAGGCCCAGGGUCUGGAGAAGUUUUCAGAAACGGUCGCAAACGAGGCCCAUUGGAUGACGAGUGACGACAUUGCAUUUGAAUGGGUUCGUUCUGUCAGCGCCAGCUAUUCGGCCUCGCAAUGGUCUGAUACAAUGAAGCUUGCUGUUGUACAGAUGCUCAACCGAGCCGACACAAUUCUGUAUACUCGAAUCAACGAAGUUUUGAACGAGCCCAUGGUUGCCGAAGAACAGCUGGUCGGCCUCAAAUCCGUUCUGCCCAUGAUUUUUGAAUUACACAUCGACAUCUAUGAACGCAUCACGAACCCCAACAGCGCCGUCGACUUUGCCACACGGAUGGAAACCAAGUAUCGACUCGAUAGGUGGCUCAACACAAUGUCAACUUUUCUCCAAUUGCUGGACCUCCCCCACACAGACCCUCUUUGUGUCAGAUUCAUCUGGGCGUCUGUGAUGGUAUCAUCUCUAACCGAGAGCCCCGUCCGGGACCAUAUUCUUCUCUUAUGGACCUCUCUUCGUGACUUCCUGGCUGCCGAGGACCUAGAGGCAAUAAUUCUACCCAACAACAUUGUCAUGCCUGUGAUUUCUCCGGCCGCUGCAGAUCGAGAACUCUCAAAGCUGAAUACGAUGGAUUUCUUUUUGGGCCUCUUUCAAGAUGAGAUGAAGGACCCCGUGCUGGUCAUUGAGACACUUGAACCCGUCCUGAACCCAACUUCGGUUUACGUAUCUGAAGAGAAGCUAGAUCGCUCGGCAGCCGACAAAGCGGAUGAAAACGAGGCCGAUGGCGUGGACACACGAGGCACAACCAAUAUUCACGGCAAGGCUGAUGACGAUGAAAACGAUAAGAAGAUUGACGAUGUGGUGCUGGAGGACGAUGCACAAAACAAGAAUCAACUGGACAGCGAGGGAAAGUGUGAUGACAUGUCCGACGACUCUGAAGACCCAACUGUCAACCGAAAGCCAAUAUCGGAGAAUGCUACCCAGGGCAUGAAAGACGUGUGGAAGUUCCUCACCAGUAGCAGUACAGAACUGCGACUGUUCUUGUGGUCGCGUCUGGGCGAUGCGUACGAAGCCAUCAACUAUCCCACCAAGCGGUUUUCGUGCAUUCUCAAAAGCAUCGAAAUGGUGGUCAGCGACCUGGAGGGGGGGACGUAUGCCAAGAUGCCCGAUGAUUCGCGAAAACACCUGUUUAUGCGGACUCUGAAAUCCUUGGAUGAACUUAUCAUCCAGGCUCUGUCGAUGUCAUUGAAUGAUGGGACAUCUUUUGACAUUAUUGAUGACGAGCAUUUGAAGUCUAGCUCCGCCACCGUGGCCAAAAUAUGCUCAUUCCUUCACGUUGUUGCCCUUUGCGAAGACGAAUCUCGACUCGGCAUUACCAGCCUGCCUGCGAGCAACAGCACGUUUACAGCCCUGAUGAACAAACUGCGAGAUAUUCAGGUCCGCGCCUGGUGCCUCCUGUUCACAAUGUUCAAAGCCGGGCUAUCACAAAAGGAAACAACUAGACCGGAGAACGAGGUGGCGGACUAUCUCGCUGCCAUUCACAGAGUCAUUGGCCUCCGCAAGUUCUGCAAGGCUUCAAACAAGAUCUUCCUCAAAGUGAUGCGCACAGAACUCCUCAAGUUGCGAAAAGUCGAGACUUGGGAGGAUCACCUGGAACAAGUACUCCACGACUUGUACGGCCUGAAACUUGGCGUAGGCGUCUGGGAGGUGCAAGAUCAUGGCUGUCAAUAUGAGAAACUUGAGAGGAGGCAGGCCAUGCAACUGGUCGAGAAGAUUAUGAUUCUCGCAAAUCGCAUGACGAUGAAAGAUUUGCUCAAGUCAGACCUAAAGACCACGAUUGAGCACAUGCAGCAGAGCAUCGGACAGACCAAAUCGACGCCACAGAUGAUCCACAACUUGCGCAAUUUUACGGAAAUGCUGAAGAAACCUAUCCAUCCGCUCAGGCUGUACCAGGCCCUGGCCGGCAAUGUGUUCGUCGAUGCGGUGACUGUCAACAUUCCAGAGGGCGCUCUCGCCCGGCAUGGCUGGUUCUUCUCGCUGGGCAUGAUUGCUCUCACCAAGUUCAAAGGCGUAGACUUGAAUCGCCGUCAGACCCCGGGUGCUACAGACGAUCUCCGAAUCGGAGCUACCUUUUUGAGACUGCAGCUGCAGUUUACUGCCGACAGGUGGGAUGCCUGGUUUCGACUUGCGGAGUGUUUCGACUAUGAGCUGGACGAAUCCGUCUUGUGGACAGCAGACAAGAUGAACAAGGAUCGGUCAGAGCUGGUCAAGUUCCAGCGGAACGCAAUCCACUGUUACACCCUGGCGUUGUCGCACUCUCGACACCAGCGCGUAGCUGCCACCGAUAGCGAUCCGCUGCACGACUUGUACCAUAAGUUUGGCAUGAGGCUCUACUCCUCCAGCCGGGAGCCGUUUGCCAUGGAACCGUUCCAGCACUCGGAUCAGGAGCGGUUCUUCAUCGAAGACAUUGGCGCCGGGACCUUCAAGAGGAUCCUGCACGAUCAAAUGUCGCGGUACAAAGUCUGGAAGUUCGCCGCCGGGCUGUUUCGAAAGGCCAUGGCAAGGAAGCCGCUCAACUGGAAAAACCCGUACAUGCUCGGAAAAUGCCUCUGGAAAAUGUACCGCACUGCGCAGGAUGGCCUCGACAGCAGCGACCAAAAGAACCCCGUCACCAUGAGGAUGGUUCUGGACACUCUCAAGACAUCGAUCGAGGUGGCACAAAGUGGUAGGAAGAGUAAUAGCAAGAACAGCGACCUGAUCCUGGAGCCGCACUACAAGUUGGUUUCCAUACUUCACAAACUCGUCAAUCGCGGCGACAUUCCUGCGGCAGAAGCCGCCGCGCUGCUGGCGCAACAGCCCAUGGGCGUCGUUGUGAAUCCUAGUGACCACUUCGCGUCCUUUUCCGAACCGGAAGACUGGGAGGAGUACGUCAUCCGCAACUUGACCAAGCUCCGGGAAAAGGACAAGUCCAACUGGCAACAUCGCAUCGUCAUGCGCCACGCCAAGAUUCUCUUUGACGAGGGCCCCGUGGAGGGAGCAGACGGCGACGGCACCGUAGAGGCCAAGGCCGCAUUCGCCAUCCUCAAGGAGAACAUGUUCACCAAAACAAUGGUGAUGAACGUGUGGAAAUGUGACGCCGAGCGGCCCGGUCGUCACCACGUCUUCACGGAGCAGUACGUCCGCUUCAUGACGAAGCUGCUGGUCAUCAUGUCGGACCGCACAAAUCUGGAGCUCCUCUUGAGACGACUACGCAAGAAGGGAGCCGACUUCUACCAUUUUGCAGACCUAUGGCAGUACAGCUGCACCGAGUACGUCAGGCUGUUGCGGGCAGCGUACAAGGUCCCCGUCACCACCGACGAAGCGUUCAAGCACAUGUCCAACGAGGAGUUUGAAAUCUUGAGCGAGCGAAUCACCGACUGGGCUGGUGGUGACGGGGCUCCAAACACGGCCUUCGAAUGCAUGAAGGAGGCCAUCGAAGCCAAGAAGCUCAAUGGAAACCUGAUGAAGGUGGCGCCGAUCGACGAUCUCAUCAACGACUGCUACACGACCAUCUACGUGGAUGUUGCGAGGACUCUGCCGGGACUGGAGCCGGGGAGAAUCAUACAAGAGCGCAAUCACGCCAAGGAAGUGGCGGCUCAAUUAGAGGCCGUGUCUCAGCUCGAGUCGAAACCAAAGAGCUCACUGAGCACUCUGCUCAACCCGCCGAGCGCAGGGGACAGUGCGGCCGGGUCCGUUACGCCAAUGGAGACGGACAAGGCAGAGGCGAUUCCGCGGGCGAGGAGGCUGGCGGGCGUGCGCCGGCCCGAGAUUCUACGAAGGGCGGAGCAAGCCGUGGUCCGCGCCAUGGAGGCUCCAAAGUCGGCCACGACCAAGAGUCGGGUCGGCAGCAUGUCGAGCACGAAGCGUGGCAGCCAGACGCCCGCCAGGCGCGGCGGCAGCGAGGGCCGCAGUGACGACGAAGACGACGACGGCCCCGACGCUCAAGUGCGGCGAGAAGCUGGCGAGGACGUCGACGAAGACAUGGGCGACGGGGAGGACAACGAAGAAGCAGUCGAGGACGAGGAGCAUGACGAUUCCCGACUGGACGACAAGGAUGAGGACGACCAGCCUAGCAUCCACGAUUCUGCCGACGACGAGAGCGAUUUGAGCGACGUGCCGGAAGGGUAUGACGACGACGUGCCUCCCGGGUUGUUGUUCCCCAAUCUUCGAAGGUCCGAGUCGAGCGGGGACGACGCGGACAGCGAAGACGCCAACGAGGAUGAAGAGGAGGUCGAGGAAGGGGACGGGGAAGAGGAGGGUGGCGAAGAAGUAGAGGAAGAGGUAGAGGCGGAAGAGCAGGAAGGCGAAGGGCACGACGAUGACGAAAUAGAAGUCGAGGAGGAGGUUGAUGAGGAAGAGGAAGGCGAGCAAGGAGAAGCGGACGAGGCGGACGAGGACCAGGACGAGGACAUUUUAGAAGAUGAUGAGGAUGCAGAGAUGGCGGACGCAGAAGAGGCCGAGGCCGAGGCCGAGGCUGAAGAGGAGGAGGAGGAAAACAAUGACAGCGAAAAGGAUGAAGAAGGGGCAGAGGAGGAUGCGGAUGAAGAGGGCGACGAAGAGGCAGAGGAAGACGGCGACGAAGAGGCAGAGGAAGACGGCGACGCAGAAGAGGAAGACGGGGGGGCAGGGGAGGCAGGGGAGGCAGGGGAGGCGGAGGAGGCAGAGGGAGAAGAGGUCUAG